AUGCCUCCACCUCAAGUAACAGCAAUCCUCUGUCCGCGCGUGACCCUCUCUUCCUCCCCUUCAACCUACCGAAGCAUCUCAACCCAACCGCUCCGACCACAAUUACACCAACAUCAACGACCCAAACAGCUUUCAAGGCUACCUAUAUCCUUCUUCUCAACCAGCAAUCCAGCUCGAGCCCGGGCCCGCGAGCCAAACUUCUACGAAAUCCUCAAUGUCCCCACGACCGCAUCAGCAGCGGAGAUCAAAAAACAAUUCUACGCCCUCUCCAUGCGCCACCACCCAGACCGCAAUCGCACAGACCCAGACGCAAGUCAACGCUUCGCCCGCAUUUCCGCCGCCUACAACGUCCUCGGCAACGUCUCAAAACGCGCAGUCUACGACCGUGACCACGGCUUCCAUACUCCACAACAUGCCUCCCACGGCCAAACCCACACCCACCAGCACCCGAUGGGCAGCCACAGCAGCUACGCCGGCUCGCGGCCCGCCAGCGGAUUGAGCAAGCGGCGUACUCCAUUCCGCGGUGCGCCGCCGAGUUUCUACGAGCAGGGUGGGUAUGGUAAUACGGGGAGACAGGCGCAGGGAUGGGCAGCUGGUAGUGCUGGGGCGGGGUUUGGGGCUGGCGCUGGCGCUGGCGCGAAAAAUGCUGACCCGGAGGAUUGGGAGGGUUUUAUUCGUCGGAAUCCGCUGAAUCAUUUUAAUGCGCAGGGUCAUUUCCGGACGCAGUCGGCUGAGGAUAAGAGGAGGAAGGAGAGGAGACAGGGGGCUAGGAGGAUUGAUGAGGAUAGGGAUGAUCCCAGGAUUGAUCAGACGGUUUCAAGGUUCUUUCUUUGUUCGGGGUGUUUGAUUGUUAUGAUUGUUGUGGUGGAUCUCUGGCGGUCGGUCCCCAAGGACGGAGAGAAGAAAAAGAAGCAGAGGACUUUGUCGUCUUGA